GGUUAGGGUAAGUGACUGCAUGUUCUGUUCGUAAAACUUGGGUAACGACAACUUGGGGAAAUAAGCACGAACUGCAAAAAUGGCAAAUCAAGCACCCGAGCUGAUUGUUGGUUUGAAUAAAGGCAAGGCUUUGACCAAGCGUCAACUUCCUGAGCGUCCCUCUCGUCGUAAGGGUCGUCAAGCCAAGCGCACCAUUUUCGUCCGCUCUGUUGUCCGUGAAGUUGCUGGUUUUGCUCCCUACGAGCGUCGCCUGAUGGAGUUGAUUCGUAACUCUCAGGACAAGCGUGCUCGUAAGCUCGCUAAGAAGAGACUUGGUACAUUGGGCCGUGCCAAGGCCAAGAUCGAGGAGCUCUCGGGUGUUAUCCAAAGUUCUCGUUUGGCUCACUAGGUUUAUGCGGGAAUUUGGUGAUGCAGUAUUCUCAAGCUGUAACCACUACGCGUGUAAUAAAAUGAUGAAUGGCAGUUCGUGUAUGGGUUAUUCCUGAUUUUAUUGUGACAAUUUGGUUCGUAAUGUUGUUGUCAGUAUUAUCAUAUAGUGUUUAUUGGUG